UGUAAUAUUUAACUCCAGUUUCUGGUGCGUAAAGGAUCGGUUCCAGUAUCGAUUUUUUUCCUUCUUUGUGUUCGUGUAUCCGCUCGCUCGCGCGCACUUCUGUGUGUGUGUGUGUAGAUCGGAGAAUUUUACACAACAAAGCGCGAGCUUCAUGAAUAUGAAUUAAGCUUGGGUGAUCCGUCUAGAAGAGACAAGGAGGCGUUACUUAGUUUCACAGUUUCAGUAUCAACUCGAGAGACUGAAGAGGAUUAUAGACCAGACCUCUGCGUUCUGUCUGUGAAUUUAUUUUUAUUUUAAAUUAAUUUCUUCCCGCGCCAGUAAUUACCCCGGUAUGGCAGUGAGAGGGCCGAUGUCGCGCUUGCUCCGGUCGGCGCUGAGCUCGUGCUGCCCCCAAAGCCGUGCUCAUCUCUCCGUGGCUAUUGUCGGAGCUCCGUUCUCUAAAGGACAGAAAAGGAGAGGAGUGGAGCUCGGACCCAAAGCCAUCAGAGACGCCGGAUUGGUGGAGAGACUCACCAGCUUGGAAAAAGCCGUGCACGAUUUCGGAGACCUGAAUUUUGAGCACCUGGAGGAGGACGACCGAUUCAUGAACGUUCCCUUCCCACGUACAGUUGGCCGAGCCAAUCAGAUGUUGUCCGACGCCAUGAGCAGAGCGGUUGGGGCGGGGCAUACGGCUCUCAUGCUAGGAGGAGAUCACAGCCUGGCCAUUGGCUCGGUUGCAGGCCACGCCCUGCAGCGCCCAGAUCUUUGUCUGAUUUGGGUCGACGCCCACGCGGAUAUCAACACCCCCAUGACCUCGCCGUCGGGAAACCUCCACGGCCAGCCAGUCGCAUUCAUGCUGAAAGAGCUGCAGGACAAGAUGCCAGCGGUACCUGGAUUCCUCUGGAUGAAACCAUUUCUCACAGCUAGAGAUUUGGUUUAUAUCGGCCUGAGAGACGUGGACCCGGGCGAGCACGUUAUUCUGAAGAACCUGGGCAUCCAGUGCUUCACCAUGAGGGAUAUUGACAGAAUGGGAAUGCAGAGGGUUAUGGAAGUGACGCUGGAUCAUCUGCUGGCAAGGAAGCAGCGGCCCAUCCACCUGAGCUUCGAUAUCGACGCCUUCGAUCCCACUCUCGCUCCGGCUACAGGAACUCCGGUGAACGGAGGACUGACCUACAGAGAGGGAAUCUACAUCACAGAGGAGAUCCAUAACACAGGUCUGCUGUCUGCGAUGGAUCUGGUGGAGGUGAACCCGACGCUGGGUGCGAGCUCUGAGGCGGUUGAGGCCACCGCCGGUCUCGCUGUGGACGUCAUCGCUUCGUCUCUGGGUCAGACUCGUGAGCUGCAGGACACCAAACAACUGGGCCUGUAGAACCACCAGGACUCGGAGCGAAACGCAAACCUGCUCAGCAUUCCAAAAUUUAUAAAGUUCACCAGACAGAGACUGUGAGUUUAAACCUUUCAAAGAGAACAAACUACAAGAGCUUUAAGAGAGAAGAGAGGGAGUGAGGAAGAGAGGGAGGGUGUCCCCCUCACAAAUAAAACGCACACACAGCAUAGCAUAUAGCAACAUGACUGGCGCUAACUAGGACUGAAGGCGUGUCUCUACUAUAUAUUAACACACUUGAUUGAAAUGGACUGUUCACGUAUUUUAUGCAAAAAAGUUUGAAUUUUUAAUAACCUUCCUGUUGGCUGUCUUUUAAAUAAAAAAAAAAAAAGAGGGACUUUUUGGGAAUUGGUGAAUUUUCCACCUUCCUUCCCACAUGACCUGAAGUACAUUACUGUCCCUCUUUAAUGUCGCCAUGACAAAUUGAGAUUGAGAAUGUUUGUUUUUAUGAGCGAUUUAUUUUUUGUUGUAACAAAAUAAAAUUCAGAUUUAAUUUCCUAAUCA